CAAAUCACCUGAUCCGGAAACGAAUCAUGACAGCUUUAUUUACCUCAGUCCUGAAGUUGUUAAUAUCUCGUGUUUUGUUACAUAAGAGCUGAACAUAACGACGGAUCCCUCAAUUCAUGUGUAGAUUAUAUAUAAAUUAGAAAAUCCGUUUUCGUAGCUAUAGUUGUUUAACGGUAUUUUUUUUGACUGUUUUGUUUAUGUGUCCCGGAGCUCGCGCGUUGUUUUGUUUUGCUAUGUGCUAAUUAAAUCUCCAGAGUUUAGCGUGAGAGCUAACAGUUUACCACAUGAGCAUUUCACUCGUAGUGAUCCGUCUGGAGCUCGCAGACCAGUCGCUUAUGCCACAAGACUUUCAAUAUUGUGCAGAUGAGAAGAUGUCUGAAGAGGAGAUGCAAGACAAGGCCCUGGCCUCUGCCAGGAUGGUACUAGGAGGCAAGACGGAGCGCGAGAAGGCUGCCAUCCUCCAUCAGCACAUAGGCCGCCGGGUCAUGUCAGACAUGGUGAUUGAGACUUUGGUGGCGAGUUCAGAUGGAACCGGGGAGAAAGGAGGAGCGCAGUCAACAGAGGAAAGCGGCAGCAGUAAAACAGAAGAGGUCGAUGCCACUAAAGUUCCUGACUCGCCCUCCAAACAGCUUCCAGAUCAGAUCUCUUUCUUCAGUGGCAACCCAUCUGUGGAGAUCAUCCAUGGCAUCAUGCACUUCUACAAGACAAACAAGAUGACGUCGCUGAAGGAGGACGUGAGGCGCAGCGCCAUGCUUUGCGUGCUCAGUGUGCCGACAACAAUGACCAGCCAUGACCUCAUGAAGUUUGUGGCAUCCUUUAACGAUGUCAUGGAGCACAUGAAGAUUAUCCGUGACUCAACUCCCAACCAGUACAUGGUGCUGAUUAAGUUUGCCACCCAAGCCGAUGCUGACAGCUUCUAUGCAACCUGCAAUGGCCGGCAGUUCAACUCCAUCGAGGAUGCUGUUUGCCAGCUGGUCUAUGUGGAGAGGGCCGAGGUGAUCAAGUCUGAAAAGGGAGCCAGUUUACCAGUGAUGGACCUCACAGAGUUGCCGAAGUGCACGGUGUGUCUGGAGCGCAUGGACGAGUCGGUGAACGGUGUCCUCACCACCCUGUGUAACCACAGCUUCCACAGCCAGUGCCUGCGGCGUUGGGAGGAUGCCACGUGCCCUGUGUGCCGGUACUGUCAAACCCCAGAGCCUGUGGAGGAGAAUAAAUGCUUUGAGUGUGGUGUGCAAGAGAACUUGUGGAUCUGCCUGAUUUGCGGCCACGUCGGGUGCGGCCGCUACGUUAGUCUCCAUGCCUCCAAGCACUUUGAGGAAACACAGCACACCUACGCCAUGCAGCUGACCAAUCAGAGCAAUCAGAGAGUCUGGGAUUAUGCAGGCGAUAACUACGUGCAUCGGCUGGUUGGCAGCAAGACGGACGGCAAAAUUGUACAGUACGGGUGCGAGGGUGACAUCUGUCAGGAGGAGAAGAUUGAUUCGUUACAGCUCGAGUAUUCUUUUUUGCUGACCAGCCAACUGGAUUCACAACGCAUCUACUGGGAGAAUAAAAUUGUACAUCUAGAAAAGGAAACGGCAGAAGAGAUCAGCAAUAUGAAAGCCAAAUUCAAGGAGACGAUUGAGAAGUGCGAUAACUUGGAACUCAGGCUGAAUAAGUUAACCAAAGAGAAACAGACCAUGGAGAGAAAAUGCUCACAGCUGAACAACAAGGUGACCAAGCUGGGCCAGGAGCUGCGGGAAGAGCAGGAAAUGAACCGAUGUCUGCGAGCCAAUCAGCAGCAACUCCAGGCGAAGCUGCAGGAAGAGGAGCGUCGAAGUAUCGAGAUAGCCACUAACAAGGACACACAGAUCGCAGAGCUCGAGGACCAACUGCGUGACAUCAUGUUCACGCUCUCAGCACAGAAGCAGAUCGACAACAUGUCCACCGAGAUCCGGCAGGAGAUCCAGGAGGGUCAGCUCAACACAGUCACAGCCCCUGCAUCAUCCACACCAGAACCAUCAACACACAGCUCGGGAAAGAUCGGUUUAAGGAAAAAGCGGGGCAAGAGAGGGAAGUAGCCAGUCAGCGGCAUGGGCUGGGGUUAAAUAACACAUUGACUAGAGAAUAAAGCUGCAGCCUGUAAAACAUUUAGUCCACUCACUAGUCCUGCACUUAGUACCUCUGAAUACAAGAUAAGAGGUUGGAGAAGAUGCACUAUAUUAAAGGGAAUGCACAUAAUAAAUGAUGACUUUAGACUAUUAUUUGAUGAGCUCUGGUUUAGGAUUCACAACACUCUGAGCGGGCAACUUUCCAAGUCCAAAAACUUUACACAGCAAGUUGUUUAAUUAUCAGCGUAUUAAUUGUGCACUACUAAAUAUUUCUUGGUGCCUAUAUAGAAGCCAUUAAAUGCAAAAAAACAAUAGAAAAGUGUUAUCAAAUGUAAUGUGUGAGCUGAAGUGCUGGAAAAAUAUACGUUAUGACAAAGAUUUAAUACAAAAUGACACGUCUUUAUGCGAACACUUCUAAAGCCAAAAAUGAACAGUCAGAAACCCACAGCGUCAUGUCAACACUCACUAAACUGUUCGGUUAGCUUUUCUUUUUUUCCCUGUUAAUGUUAUGUUAUUUAUGAAGCUAUGAACAGACUUCAUUAGUCAUGGUACUAAAUGGGUCUCAAAAGAUGUUGUGAAUUAGUGAAAUUUGAUCCAAAAAAUAUAUACAAAGUCUUGGCUGAGGGAAAAAAGGUCUCUAUAUAAUUUGUUCAUGAAUUGUCUUUACUUACAAGUUAACAUUGUGUUAACGAUAUAAAUGUCUUAUAAAAGUGUCCCCUGGUUUUUAACACACUCCAUGUGGAACAUUUCAUACUCACUGGAGAAGCCAUUGUUUGGAACACAAGGAAUGAGCAAAUCCCCAAGCGCACACACACACACAGGAUCUGUCUAUGGUGCAUAGCACACUCAUGCUCUUGAAUGCAACAUCCAAUAUUCAGGCAAAGCUACUAAACUUUAGCGCUGGUACACGAUGUAAGCAGUUCUGCUUUUUUUUUUGUUACCUGACUUUAAAAAAAAAUGCUUCUCAUUAAUCCUCUCGGUUAUUUAGUCACGUUUAUAUUUCGGAGGCAGAACCUGUUCAUUAUACUUUGCAGAUGAAUAAAAUAUUAAUAAAAAAACAACAAUGAA